AUGACGUCCCAGUUCCUUUCUCCUGGGGACAGUGUCCACACCCAGCGGGCAUGGAUAGAGACUCUGCAUGACGGGAGUCUGCAGUGUCCAACGUGCAAGACCAUCUAUGGGGUGAAGACAGGGAUGCAGCCUCCGGGGAAGAUGGAGUACCACCUCAUCCCCCACUCCCUGCCGGGCCACCCGGACUGCAAGACCAUCCGGAUCAUCUACAGCAUCCCCCCUGGCAUCCAGGGGCCAGAGCACCCAAAUCCGGGCAGGAGCUUCAGCGCCCGAGGCUUCCCGAGACACUGUUACCUUCCAGACAGCGAGAAGGGGAGAAAAGUGCUGAAGCUGCUGCUCGUGGCCUGGGACCGCCGCCUCAUCUUCGCCAUCGGCACCUCCAGCACCACAGGCGAGUCUGAUACCGUCAUCUGGAACGAGGUGCACCACAAGACGGAGUUCGGCUCUAACCUCACUGGCCACGGCUACCCAGAUGCCAAUUACCUGGAUAACGUGCUGGCAGAGCUGGCUGCCCAGGGCAUCUCUGAGGACAGCACUGCCCAGGACAAAGACUGAGGCGGGAGGGGCUUGGAGGUCGGGAUGGGGACGAGGGGCUGCAGGGCUGGGAGGGCAGUCACGGUGGAAGUGGGUGCACGCCCUCCUCUCUUGUCCUGGCCCACCGUGAGAGGGGUGGGGAGCACGCGAGGUCCACCGUGUCAUUCCUCAACCUCAACCAACACGGGGACCCGGACGAGGGUCUUCCUCUGUCUGCUCCCGUGCAGUUUUCGGUGCUGGGUGGAUCAUAACCCCCGUCCCUCCCGUGCCCAGUAGGGGUGUGGCUGUCACACUUGGGUACGAGCAGUGUUGCCACUCCAUAGCCUGGCUUGUGAAGCCAGGUUCCCUGCCUCAGCCUGCUGCUGGCUGCUUCCACUCUGCGUCAGGAGCGGAGCUUCCUCUUUUCUCUCCGCCACUGGAGGAGGAGAGCUGUCACUGUGCGAGGCUGGGGUGGGGGGUGCGGGGGUUACUGUGCUGACGUGACACCAGGAGUCCGGUGCCUACUGUCAGGCUGCAAGGGCCCGAGGCUGCUGCGGCCCCCAUCGCAGCCGGGGCUUCUCUGCACUCUCCCCACCACAUCAGUCCUGGAACUGUCCAAAGAGGCAGCUGGCGCUGUCCUGUGGGUGGUGGGCGGGCCUGGGCUCCCCAUGGGAUGGCAUCCCUUGAUGCUGUCUGCAGCCCCUCUGCGCACACCAGAGCGAGCGACCCACUGAACAUCCACGCUGUCCUCAGGGAGAGGAGCCCGCAGCCUCCCGGUGCCUCCCAGACCAGCUCCCAGAGCCCAGGGUUUCAUGUAGUCACUGUGAGCGGAGCCCGCGCCAGGCUCUGCACCGCCUGUGUCCUGCAUGUGUGUGUGUGGAUGUGUGCCCCUCCCUGGGCUGGGGCGGGGAGGGCCCUGCGAUGUCGCACCUCCCUUUUGUGAGACCCCAAGCUCCCGUUCUGCGGGGCCGAGCAGUCUGAGUGGUCCCUGGACCCCCCUCAUCCCUCGCUGACCCGUGCCAGCAUACAGCUGGAUCCUGAGGGAGACAGGACUGCGCUUGGGAGAUGCGCUGAGGUCCGAGCCGGACUGGUCCUUCGCUGAGUGUUCUUCGGGGUUGGAGGAGCGCUUUCUGCUGUCUCGUCUUGUUCCCAUGCAGGCUCCUGUGCUGCUCGCGGGUCUGGGGGUGGUGCUGGGCCUCUCCUCCCGUCCUCUAUGGCAGACUGACCUGAGCAUGGCGAGGCCUCUUCAGCACAUUCCUCGCGGGGUUGGGCAGACUGUGGUCUGCGCCACCCUGCGUCUGGGUUGUGUCCCAAGACCCUGUCUGUCUCCUCCCAAUUUCCUCUCCCCUUUGGCUCCCAUUACGGAAGGGAUGGGGGUCAGGGGACGAGGCGGGGGGAUCAGGAAGGAAACCCCAUUUUCUCCUUUGAAAGUUGGUUCUUUGAACUGUGUGCUUGGGGGAAGUUCCCUGAGUACUAAUUUGAAUUUAUAUACCUCAUGUUUUGGGGAUUUGACGUAUAU